AGGCUAUUAAUUAAAACUCUUUCACCUACUCGUAUAAUUAACAAGUUAACACCAUCAAUCUUCUCUAUUUAACACAAGAGCCUCAUCACAUUUCAUUCAUCACCUACAAAGCAGAGAGAGAGAGAGAGAGAGAUAAAUGUCCAAGCAAAGGUUCAUAUAAUUUUAUGUUAUUAAAUUUGCUUUUUUUUUGUUAAAGUGUUACAUACAUCGAUCGACUUGUUAGUUCAAAGAAUCAGUUUAACUCCACUGAGCCAUCAUGGGUCGAUCUCAAGAACAGGGACAGGGACAGGGUCCGGUUCACAGCAUUCGGCUAUCUACCGUAGGUGCGACCCGGCCGACAGAGACGGGUACGACCCACGAACCAACCGGUUUAGACCUAGCCAUGAAGCUCCACUACCUCAAGGCGGCAUACAUUUACUCAGCCGAGACAGCACGUGACUUAACCGUGAGACACCUGAAGGAGGCCAUGUUCAUGUUGUUCGACCAGAUCGCUUGGACCACAGGCAGGUUCUCAAGGAGAGACUCGGGCCGUCCGUACAUCAAGUGCAACGACUGCGGCACACGUUUCGUGGAAGGUCAAUGCAAUCUCACUGUGGAGGAGUGGCUCAGUAAACCGGACCGGUCAGUUGAUGAGUUUCUGGUUUAUCAUCAUCCUAUUGGACCGGAAUUGACGUUCUCUCCUUUGAUCUACGUUCAGAUGACCCGGUUUAAAUGCGGAGGAUUAGGGUUGGGCCUAAGCUGGGCCAAUAUAAUAGGAGACGCAUUCUCUCUGUUCUAUGCCUUCAACUUAUGGGCUAAGGCCAUUACCGGAGAAAAGAUUUAUGCCCCAACAACACCCUCUAUAGGAGAGAGAAGGUUCCAAAGCCCAAACCCGACGGUUAAAGAUCCGGUUUCAAUUAAACGGGUCGAACCCGUUGGAGAUCUCUGGGUCACUCCAAACGACAAGAAAUUGGCGAAUUACUGUUUCAAUCUCUCAGUCGCCGAUCAGAUAUCACCACAUUUUCCGGCGAAGGGAGAUGACUCGAUUCCGGUGUUCGAGAUUCUCGCCGGAAUCAUAUGGAAAUGCAUAGCUAAAGUUAGGGUAGAGCCAAAGCCUGUAACGGUUACGAUCAUUAAAAAAGAUCCGAACGAUCUGAAACUUAAUGCGAUUCGAAACAGUCAGGUGAUCAGCUCAGUGAGCGUGGAUUUUCCGGUGGCGGAAGCGACGGUGGAGGAAUUAGUGAAAGCUAUGGGGGAAGCGAAGGAUGAGAGAUGUGGAAUUGAGGAGAUCGGAGAGAGUUGCGAUGGGAAUUUGGAUUUUGUUGUUUAUGGAGCGAAAUUGACGUUUCUGGAUCUGACUGGUGAGGAUUUGUAUGAGGCGAAAGUGAUGGGGAAGUCGCCGGAGUCGGUUUAUUGUAAUGUGGAGGGGAUAGGGGAGGAGGGAUUGGUGGUUGUUUACGCGGCGGCGAAAUCGGAGGAGAGGGUUGUGACGGUUACGUUGCCGGAGGAAGAGAUGGAGAGGGUAAAAUUGGAAUUUAAGAAGUUUGGUUUGAUCGCGCCAUGAGAAAUCAAACGGCAAAUAAUAAGUGUAAACGUGAAGUGAUGAAGUGUUAUGUUAUCGUUUUAAAACAAGUAAAGUUUCGCAAAAAAAAAAAAAAAAAGUAAAGUUUCCGUUGGUUUUAUGUAUGUUUAUGUUUUUGUUGGAUUGUAAUUUGUAACGUUGUUGUAAAAUUAAAUAACUGAUAUAAGUAUUUGUUUUCGUAUCUGUCAUGGUGGUUUGAUUGGUGUCAGUUUGAGUAAAACCAUUUAGGGAGGUACCAUGAAGAAGUGUGGUUGGAGAAAGUGAUUAGAAGAAGUGUGGUUGAAAGCAAUCACUUUUAGAAUUUGAUUGGUUACAUAAAUUAAGGUUAUUGAAUGUUCAGCUACCUUGUUGGUUAUGAGUCCGAUGGACGGAUGAAAUAGAUAGUUGGAGUGGCGAACAUGUGAGUAGAUGACACAAGACGGUUAUGAAACGUAUGGAAAAGAGUGCUUGUAACCGUUUACUUUAAAACGGUUGGAGUUAUGUAAUUUUCAUAUA